CAGAAGAAAAGAAAAGAGAAUAUAAAGCUUAAACUAAUAAUAUAUUUGUUUUGUUUAGUCUAAUAACAGCACCAUCAAUAAUAAGAGAAGCUAAAUAAAAGUACAGAGAGGCGGAGAGGCGAGUAAGGUGGAACAGGAGAAUAAGGCGGAGGAAAGGGGUUAUGGAAAGUAGCCCUGGGAAAAUAAUCAAAAGAAAAUACAAGGAAGAAUCCUCGAAAGAAGAAGAAGCGGGAAACAGCACAGAUAGUGCUAAGGUUGGUAAUAUGGCGGAGCCAAUGACAGACAAGAACGCGCGAGGACUAGACCAAUGGAAGAGAGGAAGAGAGGAUAAAGAGGUGAGUAACGCAACAGUUGGUAGCAAGAGUAACGUAAAGGAUUUGAAAACUAAGACAAAGGGAGAAAAUAACGGUAAAGAUGUGAAGAAAGAUACAAAGGCUAAUAAAGUAAGAAUAAUUGAGAGCACAGAAAUAAAGCAAAAAUACAAAAUAAUUGACGACAUUGGCAAAAACAAGGAAACCGAGAACAAGGAACACGGACUAGGAAAAUCCACGGAUAAAGAGGAAAUAAGCGAAAAUAAGGUAAGAGAACACGCAUACUAUAAGACAAAGGAAGAAAGCGAAGCGUUAUACGUAGCAGAAUUGGAAAGUGGCGAAUACACAAUAUGCGUAAGCUUAAAUAAAGAAAAAUUAUCAAAUAAAAGGAAAUAUAACCUGGUAAAGAUAUAUAACAUAAUUAAUAUUCUAGGUGCAAAAAUAAGAGAAAUAAGGAUGAUGGCUUUUUCAAGAACGGAAAUUACACUGGGUACAAGAAGAGAAGCCAACAGAAUAAUAGAAUAUGGGAGAAAAAAGGAGGCGGGAUACGAAGCAUAUAUCCCAAGGAGGAAACGUACCAGAAGAGGGGUUACGAAAGAGUGGGAAGACACAUUGGAAGAGCUCAAAAAUUGCGUAAUGACUGGACAAGGAGACUUUGAAGCCCAAAGAUUGAAAAGGAGAAGACUGAGAGGUGGAAAAGCUGUCUGGGAAGACAGCGACGCUGUAUUACUAACAUUCAAGGGGGAUUCCCUCCCGACGAGGCUCUACAUCGGGCAGGGCCAUGUGUGGCUAAAGAUAGAACCAUUCAUAGAAAGUGUAAAACAAUGCUUCCGGUGCUUCCGAUACGGCCACCUGCAGGCAGUAUGCAAAUCAAGGUUCCGCAGAUAUAAGAUGUGCAGUGAAGAGUUCCAUGCGGACUGCAAAAAAGAACAAAAAUGUGUCAAUUGCGGUGAGGCGCAUAGGUCAAACGCAAGAGAGUGUCUCAUCUUUCAAAGGGAAAGUGAAAUAAAGAAGACUAUGGCGUAUAAAAAUGUUUCAUACUCCCAAGCCAGAGAAAUCCUGAGAGAUAAGUAUACAGGAAGAAGGUUUGAUUUAGAUAUUGAAAGUGAGAAGGAUUUCCCAAAACUAAGAACGGAGCAAAGGGGUAAAAGUGACAAAUGGGAGAGACUAAAUGUCCCAGAAAGAAACAGAGGACAAAAUGUGUGGAACAGAGAUACGGGCUACCGUAGGAACCAAGAAAGGGUUUCAAGUGACGAAAGCGAAGGAUGAAGGAAGUAUGGUGGAGAGGACACGAGAGGCACCUUCAGAUAUAGAGACCUAAAUGAAGAAAGAGAAAUUAGAAAAGCCCAAAGAGAGGGAAGAGUGGGAAUAAUGA